AUGGUUUUGGGACUUAGCAUUUUGCUUUUUGCUUUGGAGAAUUUGGGCCUAUUGAAGGAUUGGGCCUUGGAAUAUUUGGGAUACAAGUGGAUUUUGGGACCAAGGAGAACAAAUAGAAAUGAACACAGUCAAAAGCACGAUCGAGAUUCCGCCGAGGAGCCUUGCCCAGCUGCCAACAUUUGCAGCAACCUCGAGGCCUUUUGGCCGCUGAUUCACGCAAAAGCCGAGAAGACGCAAAUUCUCCUCGCCUGCGAAUCCAUAGCCGCUGCCGUCAGCCGCGGUUGUGCAGCAACUCCCGAACAGCCAGCCAUCGCCGAGGAGCUUCCUCCCGCGAGCCGCCACCGAGUGCUUUCAGUCGAGGUCCACCGCGCGUGA